AUUGCGUGCCAGCUUCUAUUACGUGCUCUUAUUGCGUGUCAACUUCACACUGGUAAAAUGGCGGCUAAACGAGGAAAGUUUUCGAAUCCAAUAGAAGAAGCAUAUGGAGACUAUUGUGAAAGUGGGUAUAGCGAUGAAGAUGUGUUUGGAAACUGUGAAGGAAUAUUACGACAGCAGUAAUGAAGUGAGCAGACCGUUGGAAGAACAAAACGAAGAUGACGAUAAACCUGAGGAGGCACCUUUCAUUAUUUCUUGUAAAGGAUGCAAUCGGGUACUGAGCGACUCAACAGCUUAUAUUGAAACUGAUUCAACACUUGGAACGAUUCAUAUGAGAGCACAUGUUGUUGGCAGCUUGUGGGAAGAUGAUAAAAAAGUGAGAUCCAGAAAAAAGUUGGAUCGCAACUGUACUUAUGCUUUGGUGCGAUGUUAUAAAUGUAAAAACGAAGUUGGAAAGGUUUACUUAAAAGCAACAAAGCAUUUGAAACACUUAGAAACUGGUGUUGUCUUUAGUAUCAAGCAGUGUGUGUUCUAUGAACUUGGGAGCCUGGUGUAUCAAAGCAACAAUGACAGUGAUGAUGUAACCCAACCAAACACUUCCACUGGUUCUGUUGAUGUAACCCAACCAAACACUUCCACUGGUUCUGUUGAUGUAACCCAACCAAGCACUUCUUCUGGUUCAGUUAAAGUUAGACAAGCAGGAAAGGCUUCUGCCAAUACCAUGGAAGAGAUAAACUUCAUGUUGGUUGGAUUGGCUACACGAGUUCAGUUAUUGGAAAAGCGUUCUCAGUCUGCGGGAGAACUAUUAAAUGGAAGUAAAGAUGGUCAACUAAAACCUGAUGACAUAUAUUGCAGUGUUCCUACCAUGAAGAAGAGUAAAAAACGUCAAACAAAACCGUAGUAAAAAUAACAUACGAGACUUAUUCUGUUUGUUACCUUGGCAUUGUUUUUUCUUGUUAUAUGUUUGCCUAAACAGAACAAACAGAAGUUUUAUACUGUUUUUUUUUUCUCAAUGUUAUUACUCGUUAUGGAAUUACUCAGUAGCUUUGUGAAAACAAAUACUGCUCAAUUUUACAUCUUGACCAUAGAGGGCGCAGUAUUAACUCCCAUACUUCAACCUCAAAACUGGUUCACAGAAUCAUAUCAUCAAUAAACUGACAAUGUACCAUUACUAUAUCCCCUAUGAAAGCACUUCAACACUGUUUUUUAUUAUUGUUCAUUGUUAUUCUAUUAGGGUUACUGUUUUUCUAUCUUCAUUUUGGUUUUGCUGAGAAUGAUGGCAUCUCCCAAUA